GAGAUGAUCAAGGUGAAUGACACCAGAGGGAACCAGGUGACUGAAUUCAUUCUUACGGGCAUCACAAACCAUGUCAAACUUCAGGGCCCGCUCUUUGGGUUGUUUUUCCUCAACUACGUGGUCACAGCUUUGGGGAAUCUAGGUCUGAUCAUCCUAACCUGUGUUGAUUCUCACCUCCAAACUCCCAUGUAUUUUUUUCUUAGGCAUCUAGCCUUUGUUGAUCUUGGUUAUUCCACAGUUGUUGGUCCAAAAAUGUUGGUCAGUUUUAUAGUGGAGAAAAAUUACAUCUCCUAUAACGGGUGUGCAAUACAGCUGGUUAUCUUUGGGAUAUUUAUGACCAGUGAAGUUUUCAUCCUGUCAGCCAUGGCCUAUGAUCGCUAUGUGGCUAUCUGUAAGCCCCUCCUCUAUAUGGUUAUCAUGUCAGACAGGAUGUGUUACAUCUUUGUGGGGGUCCCUUAUAUCUAUAGCAUCAUUGUAUCCCUACUGGUCACAGUUAAGAUUUUUAAUUUGUCUUUUUGUGAUUGUAAUGUAAUACAGCAUUUCUACUGUGAUAGUCUUCCUUUAUUGUCCAUUGUAUGCUCAGACACAAGUGAAAUUGGACUUAUCAUUAUGAUCCUUUGUUCAUUUAAUUUGGUUUAUUCCCUCUUGAUUAUCCUUGUCUCCUAUGUGCUCAUUCUUAUAGCCAUUCUCAGGAUGAACUCUUCAGAGGUCAGGCACAAAGCCUUCUCCACCUGUGGCUCUCAUCUCACAGUAGUGGUUGUGUUCUAUGCAACACUUCUCUUCAUGUACCUGCAGCCCCAAUCUAGCCACUCCUUUGAUACAGACAAGAUGGCCUCUGUGUUUUACACUCUGGUCAUUCCCAUGCUCAAUCCAUUGAUCUACAACUUGAGGAACAAUGAAGUGAAAGGUGCAUUGAAAAGAGUCUUCAAAAAAUCGAUGUAA